AAAAAUCCAGGGGAGUAAAACUUGAUAAGAAGAAGGAAAAAAAAAAAAAAACAUGAUAAGAAGGUCUGGAAAGUCAAAGAGGCAGCUUGCGCCGCUUUGUGAACGCCGAACGCGUACUCUUCGCUGCUUUCAUGGCUUUCCCUUGCCUUGUCGUCCUCAGCUCCUAUUUAAACUGAAUUAAAUAUAUAUAAUACCAACCUCAACCUCUCCUCACGCACUCAUUAUCCUAAUUUUAGUUUAAUUUGCAAUUUUCAUUUCAAAUUGGUACUUUAUUUAUUACCGUUUGCACCUUGCACGUUCUCUCUCUCUCUCUCUCUCUCUCUCUCUCUCCUCCCUCCCUCUCUGCCUAUAGAUUUCUCUCUCUUUUGUUCUCCCUUUCUCUUUGGCUUCUGUAGCGACAUUCUGAGAUCUGGUGGUGGGAUCUGACGAUUAAAGGGAAAAAUGACAGAGCCGAAACCAGACACACCCUUGAUCCCACCAUCUUCAUCAUCAUCAUCAUCAUCAUCAUCAUCGCGAAACCUUCCCGACUUCAAAAAUUCAGUUAAACUGAAAUAUGUGAAGCUUGGUUACCAUAUUCUCAUUACCCAUGGAAUGUACCUCUUUCUUUCCCCUCUUGUUGUCGUUAUCGCUGCCCAGAUCUCAACAUUUUCUCUCCAAGAUCUGUAUGAUCUUUGGGAGCAUCUCCAAUACAACCUAAUUUCGGUGAUUAUCUGCUCGACUCUCCUUGUUUUCCUAUCCACUGUCUACUUUCUCACCCGCCCUCGCCCGGUGUACCUUGUUAACUUUUCCUGCUACAAGCCAGAAGAAUCUCGAAAAUGCACGAAAAAGAUUUUUAUGGAUCAGUCUCAAAUGACUGGUACAUUCACAGAGGAGAAUCUUCAGUUCCAGCGAAGGAUUCUUGAGAGAUCUGGCCUUGGGGAUUCAACUUACCUUCCAGAGGCUGUACUCAACAUUCCUCCAAAUCCGUCAAUGAAAGAAGCUAGAAAAGAAGCUGAGGCUGUGAUGUUUGGUGCCAUUGAUGAGCUUUUCACUAAGACAGCUGUAAAACCUAAGGACAUUGGAAUCUUGAUUGUGAACUGCAGCUUGUUCAAUCCGACCCCAUCUCUUUCUGCCAUGGUUAUCAACCAUUACCAGCUUCGAGGGAACAUAGUCAGCUAUAAUCUUGGUGGGAUGGGCUGCAGUGCAGGUCUGAUCUCAAUCGAUCUUGCUAAAAAUCUUCUUCAGGUGCAUCCUAAUUCUUAUGCAUUGGUUAUCAGCAUGGAGAACAUCACAUUGAACUGGUACUUUGGAAAUGAUCGCUCAAAGCUCGUCUCAAAUUGCUUAUUUCGGAUGGGAGGGGCUGCUAUAUUGCUUUCAAACAAAAGCUCAGACAGAAGACGAUCCAAAUAUCGAUUAGUUCACACUGUUCGAACCCACAAGGGUGCUGAUGAUAAGUGCUUUAGCUGUGUUACCCAAGAAGAAGACUCCAAUGGAAAGAUUGGUGUUACUUUGUCAAAGGAUCUGAUGGCAGUAGCAGGUGAUGCUUUAAAGACCAACAUCACCACAUUGGGGCCUCUUGUUCUGCCAAUGUCUGAACAGCUGCUUUUCUUUGCUACAUUGGUUGGGAGGAAACUUUUCAAAAGGAAGAUCAAACCUUACAUCCCAGACUUCAGACUAGCUUUUGAGCAUUUCUGUAUUCAUGCUGGAGGAAGAGCCGUAUUGGAUGAAUUGGAGAAGAACCUGCAUCUAUCUGAUUGGCAUAUGGAGCCAUCAAGGAUGACACUCCAUCGAUUUGGAAACACAUCGAGCAGUUCUCUCUGGUAUGAGUUAGCUUAUACAGAAGCCAAGGGAAGGAUGAAGAAAGGAGAUAGAACAUGGCAGAUAGCUUUUGGGUCGGGAUUCAAGUGUAACAGUGCUGUGUGGAAGGCUCUUAAGAGCAUAAAUCCAGCAAAAGAAAAGAACCCAUGGAUGGAUGAAAUUGAUCGGUUCCCCGUAGAUGUUCCAAAGGUGUCAACCUUCUAAAUUUAAUAUGGUCUUCCCCAUUCUUAUGCCACCGCAUUUUGGUGGCUUUUGCUAGCUUUCUUUCUUAUUGAGGUCUUAGAAUUGGUUUUCUUGUUUUGCCGUGUCUGAGGUUCUAGGAAUUUGAUUGUUUCUUUUAGGACAGGUCUUUGGUGGUUUAGUAGGGUGGAGAGCAGCCAAAUUUCACUUAUUUACUAAGGGGUGCGGUGGUAGGGAAUGUGUGGGGACAUUUAUUUAUUGGUGAUUUUAGGACAUUAAAUUCGAACAUUUCGAAUUAGGACCUGUAUGUUGUAAAUCUACUUGGAUGUUGGAACUAAUUGAAUCUACUUGAUAUAUUUGCUUCUGCU